UUUCUACAACAAACAUGGCCGCGAAAUCAGACGGCACAGCCGUUUCUUUGCAGAAUGACAUUCCGCCAACGUGCCUGCCCGGUCCGGAGCAACCUCCGCCGUGCCGUCCCGCCGGGAAAGAGUUUUCUCUGCUGGACUGCAGCUGGACCCUAUGCGCCCUCUUGGUGUUUUUUUCGGAUGGUGCUUCAGACCUGUGGCUGGCUGCCGACUACUAUCUCAGGCGGGAAUACUUGUGGUUCGCGCUGACUCUCGUUUUCAUCCUCAUUCCGUCCGUCGUGGUGCAGGUGCUCAGUUUCCGAUGGUUCGCGUACGAUUACUUGGACGCGAACGGAAGCGGCACGGCCGCGGCUGCUAUAGUGGCGGCGUCCAAUGGAGAGAGUCAGUUCAGCACCAAGGACAGCGAACAACGGGGCGCUGGCCGUUCCGCUGUGGUCACCGGAACCCGGAGCAGGGCUGAGACGUGCUGCAGAGCAUGUGUGUGGCUCUUUCAAAGCAUCGUGCAUAUUCUUCAGCUGGCACUGGUGUGGAGGUAUGUUGAUGCCUUAUAUUUGGGUGUACAAAGCCGCUGGCCUGGGAGCCAUGAACACAGGCAUUUCUACUGGCGAAGGAUGUUUGUCAGCGCUGAUAUCAGCAUGCUGAGGCUGCUGGAGACAUUUAUGAAGAGCGCCCCUCAACUCGUUCUGCAGCUCAGCAUUGUGGUCCAGACCAGCGAGGUUCUGCCCCUGCAGGGUCUGUCUGCAUCAGCCUCUCUGGUGUCUCUGAGCUGGAUGAUGGCAUCUUACCAGAAGGCGUUACGGGACUCCCGUGACGACAAGCUCCCCAUGUCGUAUAAAGCUGUGAUGGUGAACGUGCUGUGGCACCUGUUCACAGUGGGAGCUCGUGCCAUGGCCUUAGCUCUUUUUGCCUCCAUCUCCCAGCCCUACUUUGGCAUUUUCAUUGUGGCCCACUGGUGCGCCAUGACUUUCUGGAUCAUCCAGGGCGAGACCGACUUCUGCAUGUCCAAAUGGGAGGAAAUCAUCUACAACAUGAUGGUGGGCAUUGUGUACAUCUUCUGUUGGUUCAGCGUGCGUGAGGGCCCCACGCGGUGCCGCCUGCUCCUCUACACCCUCAUAAUCCUGAUUGAGAACGUGGCCCUUACUGCCAUUUGGUACAUAUACCGCAGUUCACCCACCUCAGACUUCUACGCUGUGGUGAUAGUUUGCGUGGUGGCCUGCAGUUACGCCCUGGGCACGUUUUUUAUGUUUGUCUAUUACUGCCUGCUUCAUCCUGACGGGCCUGUGUCUGGGACCUAUAUUGGAUGCUGUGGGGUGCAGGUGGGUGCCGUUUCAGAUCCAUGUAUCUCUUCUCCCACCUCCGCCGCCCCUUUGGAUGCGGUAAGCAGCCCGCCACGGACACUGCAGAGGACUAAAGGAGGUGAGUCGGUUGCUGGCGGAGACAAUGGAGACGUUUUUAAAGUGCGUCCCGUUGCGGGCUCACGAACCCCCGCACCCCGCCUCACCCCAAGGACAGAGGGUCCGGUAAUUCGCAUCGACCUGCCAAGGAAACAGUACCCAGCGUGGGACGCACACUUCAUUGAUCGCAGACUGCGAAAGACCAUCUUAGUAUUAGAAAGUGCGGCACCAGUCACACCAAGGAUCCAGUACCGGUGUCUAGGCACACCGAAGGAGGUGAUGGAGUAUGAGACGACAGUCUGAACGUUAGCGAUGCUCACAAGAUAGAUUAGCUGCUUAUCUUGUUUAAAUUCAGGAUAUUAUGUGGGCAAAGUGUGUCCUCUCUAGCUGUAUUUGGUGAAGAUGCAGUAGAUGUUUGGGAGAGGGAGGGGAAACUUGCCCCCGUGUUGACCUGGCAUGAUGCACCGGUGUCUGGAAAAGAGCCAGCCUGUGGUGACAUCCGAUAUUAAUGUUGGGAGGUUGUGCAGGAAGCCAAAUGCUCCAAACAAAAAAAACGUAGAUCACAAAAGCAACAAAGGCAAUGUAUGUUGAACAAAGUAACCCUUUCAGUGUGAUACAUCGACAGUGAUGGUGCUUAAACAGAUCAUAAACACCAUUCUGGAUGUUUUAAAAACUCUCGGGGCAACUGGCCUGAACAGUAUUUACCGAAUCUAAUCGGUGGUAAUGUGUUUUGUUUCUCUGAGGUUGUGAUACCAAGGCCUUAAUGAUUUUAAUCUUGGCCGUUCAGCAUCUGAAAGGUGCAUUUCAACCAUCUUCAGCGUCUAUUCUGUCAUUGGCGAUUAUGAGAACAAAUUGCGUCCAGGUUUUUUUCUCUAAAAGAAAAUUAGCAACUUAAAAAGCUCCUGAUAACGUUAUCAGGUAUUGUUAAGCACAGAAUGUAAUGCCAUCAAGGACAAAUUUCACUCAUAGGAAUUCUAAUCUCCUCUCUUGAUUUGUAAAAAGAUUUACCAUUAUUCACCAUUGAGGUCCCUUUUAAGUGGACAUUUUUCAAUGAAUUUGUUUUGUUGUUUUUGUAAAUGUUCUCAAAGGACAUUAGUAUCUUAAUAGAGAUAAUAAGUCUGAUGCUUUAAAGUGGUUAGGUGCAUCUUCAGUAAUAAUGUUUCUCUCAAGGUCAAGGAAUCCUGAUUAUUUAGGAAGUUUAUUUAUUGAAUGCCUGACAUUUAAAAGGGAAUAUGGUAGGACAGCAGCAUUUUAAAAAGGACAUACUUGUCUAAGCUAAAAAACAUUUGGGAGCUCAAAUGUUAAAGUUGCUCAUUGUACUGAGGUCAGUUUAAAGAAUGAAAAUCGUUUAGCAUAUGUUUACAUGUUUUGAAACGGUUCUCUUUUUACGAUUCAUUAAUGAUUCAUAAAAAUGUAAUCAGCAGUAUGAUUAUGCCAUUUCGUGUAAUUUGCAUUAUGUAUUUGCAAUAAUACUCAUAAAUGUUUCAAUUGUGAAUUGUACGUUUGAAAAUGCAUAUGAAGAAAUCUACACAGUGUCUUCUGUCUUAUUAUUAUAUAUUACUUCAUUUACAUGUUUUUAAUGACUGUUUGGGUUUUAUUGUGGUUUUUACUUUUUAUAUUAAGGCUAUCCAUACAUCUUUCUUUCUUUCUUGCAGUAACUCUGUUCUAGAACUCAAAUGACAGCUUUGGUGAGAACAUGUCAUCAUUUUUAUUUGACUUUAUAUGGCUGUUUGAUAGGAAAACUUUCAUCAUUCAUUCUGCUAUGUUGACUGAUAUCAUGUUACCACCUAGUGAGUUAACUCAUUGAAACAAAAACACUUUUGGCAUAACUGUUAUGUCCGUUUUGUACUGUGUUACUAUGUUGGUGCUAGCUGGACCACCUCAGCACAGCUUCUGUAUGCUAUUAAUGUGGAUCAUAUUCAUUCACUCUGGUUAAUGCUGGAUUUUACCAUAGACGCAAUGAAAGACUUUAAGCCUUACACUGCACCUGCAAGACUGUUGCUGUCGAAUACAAAAACAAAACAAAAAGUUGAA